AUGAUUGUCUUACAGCGUCUUGAGCACGAAAUCGUCUCCGCCCGCAAGUUACAGCAGGAUGGCACUCCUUCAGCUUCUCUGGCAAUCCUGGAGGAUGGAGAAAUCUUGACACAUGUCAUUGGCAGCGACAACGAGAAUCCAGAUACGAUCUACCAAUGUGGCAGCAUCUCGAAGGCCAUCACAGCAAUGGGUGUCGCCAGAAUGGUGGAUCUAGGCCAGCUCUCCUACGACACCAGAAUCGUCGACAUCCUCCCCAAGCACAUACCUUCGAGCUUCCUCGACCCGCAGACAGCACACCUUCUUGAUUUGGUCACGGUUCGAAUGCUGAUAACACAUACGUCCGGUCUGACCCAGCCUUAUGAUUCAGGCCAUCCGCGAAAUUUUGAGACUUUGCCCACCAAAGAGGAGAGUAUUCAGGGCCAUUCGAGCACUAACUCAAUACGGCUGCAAUUUGGAUCGCUGCCUGGUGCCCAGUUACUCUACUGCUCAGGAUCAUUCACACUGCUUGAGAUCGCCAUGGAGAAUAUCACAGGGAAAGCUUUUUCUGAGCUUAUGCAGGAACUGGUCAUGAAGCCACUCGAUAUGAACAGGACGUUUUAUGGCGACUUGCCUGACGAUGAAAGCAACUACACAAAACCGUAUCUGAACGGCUAUCAGCCUACGCCAACAGGGGUUCAUCGUUUCACCGAGCUGGCGGCUGUCGGACUAUGGUCGACGCCUACUGAUCUGCUGAAGAUAACGUCUGCUAUACAGCAAAGCAUCCAUUCAGACAACGGCUUUCUGAAACCUACCACAGCUCACGAGGUGAACGCUCAUAUUCUUCCAAACCUCCCGCGAAGUGGCCAUUAA